UGUCUCAAACAUCACCGGCCACCCUCGACAUGCCUAUCGGCGCUGCGUGCUGAAAGCUUCAUCUUCCCCCUUUUCCGUCGCCGCUGACCCGUUUUGGUUCAUUUGCUACGAUACCCAACCUCAUUUCGCGGCAUCUGGCACUUUGAUCUUUAAUCUUCCGCGCGCUUGGUCUUGGCGCAGACGUACUAAACCUCGACCCUGUCCUUCUGCACCUGAUUUUCCCCUUCACACGCAACAGCUCAGCCUUCAACACACCAACACAUCAUGUAUGCCCAAUACGAACAGGGGCAGUCGGCGCGGUCGCCUGGUACCCACAGGAACCAGUCCCAGAAUGGAACUUUGCAUCGCAUGCCGUCUCGUCAAUUUGACGCCUACCAGCAGUUUAACCAAAACAAUCUUUACCAGCAAGACGAUCAGGCCAGGGGCUACGAUCAGUCACAGCCGCGUAAUCACGAACGCCUCCAUCAGACCGUCGGCUACGGCUACGAUAUGGGCGCGCCUGCAGGCUGGAAUACGAACGCCUUCUCACAAAAUGGCUUGGGUUCUUUGGGAGGCGCUGCCAGUGCUCGCAUGCGAUCGCAACAGCGGGGACGCAGUGCGAUUCCUACAGCAUGGAUGAACCAGACAGGACCAGCGGCAGGGCCUCCUGGCCACACCCUCUCGGGUCUCGGGAAUGGAAGUCCCAAUCUCAUGUUUGCCUCUGGCUUUGGACAAGAUGACGAGGAUGAUUCUGAAAAGCUGAUUCCCACGGCCAUGGUCAUCAAGAACAUCCCCUUCGCGGUCCGGAAGGAGCAGUUGGUUCAGCUGAUGACGGACUUGCGACUACCUCUUCCGUACGCUUUCAACUACCACUUCGACAACGGUGUAUUCAGAGGCUUGGCCUUCUGCAACUACACCACACACGAAGAAACAGCUACUAGCAUCGAGGCGUUGAACCACUUCGAGCUCAAUGGCAGGAAACUUCGCGUCGAGUACAAAAAAUUGUUGCCUGUUGAGGAACGUGAGCGAAUCGAACGUGAGAAGCGUGAGCGCCGCGGCCAGCUUGAGGAACAACACCGUCCGUCAGGAGGGCAGCUCCACUCCCAGGCGUCGUAUGGUUCUCUUGCCUCUCACAUGCCCGCUACAUCUCCCUCGCCAGUGUCUGGUACAAGGGGCCAGCCGAGGGCUGAUGUAGACAUGAACGACCCUCAAGUCCUGCAAUUCUACUCUCAGAUGCUUUUGUUCAAGCAGGCGGAAGAGCGCGACAGCAUGGUAUUCCCGUCAACCCUGACACCCACACAGCGUCGCAUCGUUCACACUCUGGCUCAUCAAUUGGGUCUCAUGCAUGUUUCUAGGGGCACCGGCGAGCAGCGACAGGUCCACGUCAUAAAAGUACAGGACACUCCAGGCCUGAGUCCACCUCUUUCGCAGAUGCCUACAAGCCACCCGUCCGACCAACCCCGUCGUACUCUUAAUCGCGCCGCAACGACCGACUUCAGCGACGUUCGGGACGGUUUCUACAACAAUGCCUUCGGCGGAAGACAAGCUUCAGGCCUUUUGGGUUUCCCUGAUUCACCGGGUGGGUUGAAUGCCGUUCCCAACCUACGAGGUGCUAGGUCGUAUGCGGAUCUCCGCUCCUACACUCCUUCGCCAGCACCUUCCACCGCCAGCCAUCCUGCGGGACGUCCGAACGGAAUCUCCCUCGAAGGGCUUGGAUUUAAUGGCAGUUUGACGAACCCCAACGGUACUCCCACGACCGGCUCUAUGUCGCAACGCGACGAAGGCUUGCUUGAAACAGCAAUGGGACGUAUGCAGCUUGGUGGAGGCUUCGGACAGAGCAGCAGCCCGCGUGCUCUUCGACAGAUGACCUCGUGGGAUGCUCCUGGACCAAUCGGCGGUCAUCGAACUUUCGGUAACGGCUACGAAGAUCGCCCUUCGAGGCAGCCUCGCGGGCCACUUCCAGAACGUGGACACGGUUUCGGCCGUCCUCGCCAGAAUGGUCAUCAGAACCGUGGUAGCGAUGAGCUCUCGUCGCAGUCCAACGCCGAACUCGUUGCAGGACAGUAAGCUCCUCGCUAUUCACUGAUGACACAGCACACCCACCCAACAUGUUCCCGCUCCUUGAACAACGAUGUGCGACGAAAUUCUUUGAAUGAACAAUGACGAUAUUACGGCUCACGACGUAUACGAAGAAUGAGACUACGACGGUAGAAACUACAUACCCACCAGGGGCUCGCGCUCCCCAUCUCGAAUCCCAAUUUGGGCAAUGAAAAGCAUAUAUGGACAUAUUAAGUUGUUGAUUGUUGUUGUUAUUGAAUUGGUUUUUUUGUUUUCUUUUCGGCUUCAGGUAGG